AUGAAAACCGGAGCCCAAAUCAUCGUGGUCUCCCCAACUCCAGCCGACCGUCGUUUCCGUAGUCCUGGUCUUCACAUCCAAGCUGUCAAAUGUUCCCAAAUUUCCACUUUUGGCAGUCUGUCCUUCACCCUAACCAUUGCCCUUCGUCAGUAUUUUCCCUGGGUCUCUGUGAUUGCCGAUGUUCCUCAUGAAAUCCUUGGCACGGACUGUCUAUCCAAGUUCGAGCUCCUUGUUGGCUGCCGACGAUCCCGACUCCCCGAUCGUACAACUGAUCUCUCUGUGCAUGGUUUAACUUCCUUCACUAUCUCCUGCAAUUUAUCUGUCUUGGAUACAGCCAUUGCCAGCCCCUUUCGGGAACUGAUCCUUAAACAUUCCUACAUAAUCAACUCCCAGUUUCGCAGUGGUGAGGCUCAGCAUGAUGUUGUGCACCAUAUGCGUACCUCAGGUCCUCCUGUGUUCGCUUGGCCUAAACGACAACACCGGCCAGUUUUCAGGCCGCGAGGGCGGAGUUUGAACACGUGUUGCAACUGGGAAUCAUUCCACAGUCAGAGAGCUGUUGUAAAUUGUAAUGUUCUCACGAACUAACGAGUUAUAUCUCACGAGCCCCUAGCCUUAAAUGCAGCAAGUAAAUCGGAGCAGUGAAUAAUAUAGAGAUUUUUGAACGUUAAGAGAACUGACAACAGAAUACCACAGCAGAGCACGCUAGCAAAGCGGGUUGUGUAGGUGUGUCGUUUUUCGUCACAUUCAAACAAGCAAUGCGGUCAAAGAAAAUGGGACUAAAUUGUCAAAGGUAAAUUAGUCAGGCACCUCACCACAGAGCCCCUGGGCGUCCCCCUGCACAUGGUGCCCAAGGCAACAUCAGGCGACUGGAGACCCUAUCGAAUAUCAUGCCCUCAGCAAUGCCAUAAUUUCCGAUCGUUCCCCGUGCCAUAUCUUCAGGAUUUCUCCGGAGUCCUUUUUGGCAAAACGGUUUUCUCGAAUAUUGACUUGGUGCGUGCCUUUUAUCAGAUUCCGGUCGUCCCUGAGUAUGACCCCAAAACUGCUGUCACUACAGUUUUGGCCCCUUCGAAUUCAUCCGAAUUCCUUUCGGUCUUCGUAAUACUGCCCACUGGUUCCAGGGGUUCAUUCACCACGACUUGCGUGGCCUACCGUUUGUGUACGCCCACAUGUAUGACCUCUUGGUGACCGCACGGAAUGCGAAAGAACACGAAGAGCACUUUGCCUUGGCGUUUGACCGCCUUGACAAGUUUGACGUUAUCAUCAACCCCUCCGAGUACGCUUUCGAAUGUCUCCGCCAUCCUGUCGACUCUGAAAGUUUGCGUCCACUGUACUCCAGAGUUGAAGCAAUUCGUGAUUUCCAUCCACCAACCUCGAAGCGUCAGUUGCAACGAUUCAUCGGCAUGGUCAGUUUUAUAUCGCCGAUUCCUCUUGAUCUGUGCUGGCCUCAUGCUGCUGCUCACCAACAUGCUUUCCGGUCCCAAAGGCCCCUUUAAGCUUACUGGUGAAGCACUGACUGCUUUUGAGAGAAUCAAGAAUUCCCUUGCCGACACCACCUUGCUCGCGCAUCCCGCUCCCGGAGCUCAACUGCCCCUGAUGGUAGAUGCUACGACCGUAGCCGUGGGUGCAGUCCUCCAACAAUCCCGUGCUGGCCCGAAUUGA